AUGGCUACAUUGAAGCGCAAAUCCCCAGAGUUUUUGACUGCACCCGACGCAACACCAACUGGUCGGCCAGUCAAGAAGCUCUGCUUGACCCAAAACCAGAAGCAGGCGUUAAUCGACAAUCUUCAACUUGAAAUCACCGAAAGAGCUCGAAAGCUCCGCUCCCAAUAUGCCUUGCAAGCAAACGACCUCCGGUCGCGUAUUGAACGACGCGUCAACCGUAUUCCAAUCUCCCUCCGCAAAGCCAAUAUGGGCGAGCUUCUUGACAAACACAACGCGUCCCUAGCGAAAGCCCAAUCCGCUUCUCCUCCCCGAAAAGCCUCCCCCGCAAACCAUGAUGGUCACUACUCCGACAAAGAAAAUGGCGGUCCAGAAUGCCUCAGCAAUCCUAAGCGCCGUGGUAAAGCCCCUGCCGUUGGCGGUACCUCCCGUGUUGUCUCCCAAGAAGUACGAGGCAACGAUCACCGCAUCCUCUCCCCGAAAUCCCUCAACUCUCGCACAUACCCACAAUCCCCCUUCCGCGCUUCACCCGAAAAGGGCCAGCCAUCUUACCUGUCCCGUCCUACAUCCCCACUCAAGCCAUCCAGUCCGCUUCGUGUUGCCCCCGGCAGCGCCACGCGCCCUCGUGGUGCUACUACUUCCAACGUCAAAGACCCCUGGAACCAGCCUACCCAAGCAAGAAAGACUGCUCGCGCUGCAACGGGUCCCAAGACAUCUGCCCGAUCUCCACUUCCAAGGCCUGCAACAAGACAAGGCGAACGGAAGAACAGCUUCUCGUCAAAUGCUUCAUCCGGCACUACCGUUACUAAACCUACUCGCACGGCCACCAGCACUCGCAAAGCGGCAGCUGGUAAUGCCUCGAUCGUUACGAAGAAAACUUCUGCCCCUCGUGUGCAGACUGCAUCUUUGGCCGUAAAGAAGACUGCUAGCACGGCUUCUGUGCGGAAGGCCACCGCACCCGCUUCUACAACAGAGUCCUCAACCCGGGGAACUCGAGCUUUGCGGAAACGCGUAUAG